AUGGUACCGAACAAACCAGGUCUCAGUCAUAAUCAUAUAUCGGUGCUGGAUGAUCAGUCCUUCAGAAACCUUCCCUUCCUGCACACAUUACUACUGGACCACAACCUUCUGACCACUCAGGCUUUACAGGGGGGAGCUCUGACCAAUCUGACCCAGCUGGAGGUCCUCACUUUGGGGAAUAACCGCAUCAGUAUGAUAGACGCUGAAGUUUUUAAAGGUACGACGGCCCUGCGGAUCCUGAAACUGGAGGGAAACCAGCUCACCAGACUGGACUCAGACUCUUUCCCUCUGAAUGACUUCAGAGCCGUGGAGAGCCUGGAUCUGUCUGAGAACUUCAUAGAUUAUCUGGAUGGGAACAGUUUCCGGGGGUUGGUGGCCCUGCAGACCCUGGAUCUGUCUCGGAAUCGUCUGAGUUCAGCUCCUCCUGAGGCGUUUUCUUACCUCAGCAGGUUGACAAACCUCAACCUGGACCUCAACUCUUGGAACUGCUCCUGUCAGCAAGUGGAACUGGCUGCCUUCCUCUCUGACUUCAUGCAACAUCCAGACAAGACGCUGUACAACGGCCGCAGGAUGGUGUGUGUUAGUGCCGACAACCCGGCUGUGACCACCGUGUUGGAGCUGACAGAGGCCAACUGUGUUCCCUCCAAUCAGAACAUCAGAGUGAAAAUAGAGCCCAGAAGCACCAUGUCGCCUCAGCACUACAGCCGAGACCUGGCCAUUACUGCUGUCAUCUGCUUUGCUGGUGGUGUUGGCUUGACCCUGCUGAUAGUUUUCAUCCACCAUCGAAUGUCUCGCAGGAAGAAACUCAAACAACAGAAAAUCCAGGAAGAGAGAGAAGAAGGAAGCAGCACAAUGGCCAACCACAAUUCCAGUCCCCAAGAAGGAAAUGAACGAAGGCAGGACUUUCCUCGAGCUAACGGCAGCCAGUCAUGGGACAAAGAAGCCAUGAUGGUGGACACAAGGUUAGAACACUUUGGCGGCCAGUAUAGGUGCCCUGAAUGCAGGGAAGAAGAACCAAGACCGAACCCAAUCAGAUGGAGCAGAAUGAAUGGAGGGAUAGAGUUAAUGGAAGAGAGGAGGAGAAUGAGGACAAUGAUGGAGGAGGAGAGGAGAAGGCCUGGACCUCAGCAGGGAAUGCUGGGUAGGCCUGGUACUCGUGGUAACUCCAACUAUAACUACGAUCCAAGAAGAGAAGCUUUCAGUCAGAGAUCGGAAACUCUGGUCGGUUAUAAAACAGUCAAAGAGCUGGACAGUUACAGCAGUGAUGUGGAAGGUAAGAACAGAGGGAAUGAGGCGUUCCACUGUGAGAGCUGCCACAGGACAUAUAGAUCAGAUCAAAACACAAAACAAGGAGGUUUUCACAGCAGCAUGAGAGACUCUGGCCUCGUAGAUGGAUUCCCGUAUCAGAACAGACUGAGCGACAGGGGAAGGAAUAUCAACUACAAUGAGGGUGAAAUGAUAAGAAACUCAGGGUUGAAAAGAGAAAUAAGAAAUGUUAAGUUUGAUCUGGAGAGAACAGAUCAGGGAGGAAGAAUUCAACAGGAGGACAGAAAAGAAGAGGAAGCGAAGUCACCGAGAGACAAAGACAGACGAGGAGAGAGGAAACACAAAACUAAAGUCCAAUCCAGCCGCUUGUUAAAGGUUAAACUGAAUUUGAACCCAUUACGUAAAAGCAAAGUCCACCCGAAGAGGAAAAGUGAGCAAGGAAAAGGUAGCCCCAAGAGGAGUAAAGAGAAAAGGAAGGAAGGAAAAGACAAAGGAGACAAGGAGAGGAAGGGGAAGAAGUCGAGUAAGAGUAAAGGAUCGAAUGAUGAUGGUGAAGAGAAAGAGGGCGAGUCGUCUAAACAGAAAAAAAACACCUCAAAGACUGACCAAGAGGGUAAAGAAAGUACAGGACAAGACCAGAACCAGGAUCAGAACUCCCAAAACACUGUCGAUCAGUCACAACCCACCAGCGCACAGCCAGGCUUCACUGGUCAAGGUACCCUAGGUGGGGCUGCUCAGUUCCAAGGAGGAGGCUUUGUUGUAGGGGGCACUCAGUUCCCCCCCCAGCAUCCCUUUUCUCUCGCUGCAAUGGAUAGGAAUCGUACUACCAACCUCUCCAUGCUGGGCUCACAGCGAACUGGCAGCAGUCUCUCCCUUCAAGGAGGGAAUUUUUUACUUAAUGCCGGAGCACCAGGAGUUAAUCCACUACUCCCAAGUGGACCGACUAACCCUAUGGCCCCUAAUUUGACAUUUAGUGGACCCAACAUGGUGCCUAGUGGUGCUCCAGAUGGCCUUAUCAGACAAAGUGGGGUAGGACCUGCAUCAAGUGUUACUUCUCUACUAACUAAUCCAAUGCAUGCCUCUUCUCAAAAUAUCUCCCAGCCUGCCCCAGACAGGCUCAUGGGGCAAACUGGGGCAGCACCUGCCUUAAGUGCUGCUUCGCUUCCAGCUAACCCCAUCCAAAGACCUGCAUCAAAUUUAGUACCAAACCCACCUGUUAAUCCUCCAACCGUCCAGUCGGACUCUAAGGCCCAGAAGCCUCCUGACAGCUCACCUCAAGAAGCCACUGUAAAGUCUGAUCCAGUUCAGGGACCAGGUCUUCAAAGUGGAGAAGGAGCAUCUCAGCAGCCGUCUGAUUCUCAGGCACCUCAAACCAAAGAGAACCCCGUCAAUCAAACUCAAACACCUGUUGGCCCUGAUGGUUCAUCUGUAGCGGUUCCACAGACGUCAGCACCAGUGACAGUGGUACAAAAUCUGCCAAAGAAUAAUAGUCAGACGGAGCUUGGGCGUGGACCUGGAGAUGUGUCAGCUCUGGGAGUAACUCUAACCGAUGGACCUAGUGCAGGGGCGUCCGUCGGCAGCAUGCAGGCAGCAGAUGAGUCGGUAUCAGGUGUCUCUGCACCUGGUGGAUCUGCAGAGACCGGAUCCUCUACUGGACUCCUGCAGCAGGAGUAUCUGUCAGAGGAGGCUGGUUCAUCUCCCAGGAGGAAGCUGAAACUGGUGAUUCCUGAGAAGACAUCCAGUCGACCGCCCACCGCUCUGGAGAGGAAAAUACGUUAA